AUGGCUACAAACAGAUUUGUGUGUGAGAUUUGCAACAAGGGAUUUCAAAGGGACCAAAACCUCCAGCUUCACCGGAGAGGCCAUAACCUUCCAUGGAAGCUCAGACAAAGAACAAGCACUGAGGUGAAGAAGCGCGUCUACAUCUGCCCAGAGCCAUCGUGUGUCCACCACAACCCGGCUCGAGCAUUAGGAGAUCUUACUGGAAUCAAGAAGCAUUAUAGCAGGAAACAUGGCGAGAAGAAAUGGAAAUGUGAUAAGUGUUCCAAGAAAUAUGCAGUGCAGUCUGACUGGAAGGCUCAUCAGAAGACUUGUGGAACCAGGGAAUACAAAUGUGACUGUGGAACCAUCUUCUCCAGGAGAGACAGCUUUAUCACCCAUAGAGCUUUCUGUGAUGCACUAGCUGAGGAAAACAACAAAGUAAACCAAGGACUAAUGAACAGCAUGGGAUCAAACUUACAGGGCCAAAUGCCUGAUCUCAUGUCCUCAAUGCCUAUAAACAGCAACACAUCCAUGGGCGUAUCCGAAUUCAACAACUAUGAUCUCAAAAACCCACUCAAAUCACCCCCUCAAGAACUCAUUCCGACGCCAUUUAAGCCCAUGAACAUGGCCGGUGGCAUGUUCUCAAGCAGUUCAGGUACUCUCCUUGGCGGUCCAAGAAACGUAUCUUCAUCGUCUUCUGGCCUUCAGCUCAGCUCUAAUAGCCCUUCAAGCUUCAAUUACCUCCAAGAUGCUAAAAAUGGCGGUCAACUUUCGGGUUCGGCUCACAUGUCUGCAACUGCCUUGUUGCAGAAAGCAGCCCAAAUGGGUGCAACUGCAAGCAACAAUAUGAACUCUUCCAUGAUGCAGAAGAGCUUUGUUAGUAACAUGGCGGGUCCUGAUCAAAUCUCUAGCUCGAGACCACCGUCUUAUGGUGGAAUUCAGCAGCAUGAUAGCUCCUAUGAGAACUUCCAAACACACCCUGAUCAGUCAACUUUAGUAGGGAUCAAUGGUGGAGGGUUCACUACACAGCUCUUGCAAAAGAACCAACAAGAGGUUUCACAGUUGUUUGACUCAGGUUCAGCCACUUCAGCUAUGAAUGAUAUGGGAUUGUUUAGUGGAAUGUUGAUGGCGGGUGGCGGUGGUGAUCAAAACCAUGGGUUCAUGAAAAAUCUGGAAAAUGAAGAUAAUAGUUCAAGUUUGAUACAUGGAAGAACUGCAAUAAGGCGAAGUCCGACCAGCCCCUCAGGUUUUGGAGGGAAGGCCGGGAGGGGAAAUGAUAUGUUGACUGUUGAUUUUUUGGGGAUUGGGGGUUCGAGGCCCCCAAAUUUUCACGAACAACAACAACAACAACAAAGAUUGGACUUGGAAGCAAUGAGUCAACAGAGAAUGCAAGUAAUGGAUCCUUUCCACCAACAGCUCUCACAUGGCGAUUCAGCCAUGGAAAAGUCCAUGUGGAAUGCUUGA